GACCUCGCGACUCUUGACGGGAUCCGACGUCGACACUGUGGUCACUCCUCUCGAUCCCCACAUGCCGCUCUCACAUGCUUUCACGACGCUCAUGGCCUUUGUCGUUAUCGCUGCGGCAUAUCCCACACCGUCGUUGAUGAGAUCGUUUUCUAGGCGCGAGGCGCUUGCCUCAAACCUCCAUGGCUAUCAUAACGCUAGGGACUUCGGGUCUCCCAGCCCUGGCCCUGCCAACCUGACACUCAUCCCGCUUAUGCAACCCAACACUGAGUCAGAUGCGCUUGGUGGAGUUGAUAAGCGCAGGGAACUCAACUCCAACGGUCCUACUAGUACCACACCUGAUGGGCCUAACACUAGGUCCUUCAGCCCCCCCAGCACACCUGACGAGCCCGACUCGCCUAAUUCACUUAACUUCUCACACCUCAAGGGCCUAACUCUAGGUCCUUCAGUCCCCCCCAGCGCACCUGACGAGCCUGACGACGAUCCACCUUGCUGCAACGGAGAACGUGAGCAAUUAACGUACGAGCUAAGAAUGCUGCUACAAGAGGAGAUCGAUCGUGUCAUCGGCCCAGACAGGCUGCCGACCUACGAGGACAGAGCAUCGCUUCCUUACAUCGAGGCCCUUAUCUGCGAAUCGUUGCGCUGACAUCCCUCUGUACAGAUCGGUUU